ACCUUCAUCUUCAUCGCCUGAGGAGCUUCUCGUCUUGUCUGAGGUGUGAAGUCUGCUGUCAUCAUGUCUGACACUGAGGAAGUGGAUCAGCUCGAGGAGGAGGAAGCCCAGGAGGAGCUAGUAGAAGUAGAAGUAGCCCCUGAGGCGGAGGCCCAGGUAGAGGCAGAGCCAGAGGUAGAGCCUGAACCAGAGCCAGAACCAGAACCAGAGCCAGAGCCACAGGUGACGCAGCGGGUGGCUCAUGAUGAGGAAGACGCCUAUGAAGAGGAAGAGGAGAAGCCAAAAUUCAAACCUACUGCUCCAAAGAUCCCUGAUGGUGAGAAAGUGGACUUUGAUGACAUCCAAAAGAAGCGUCAGAACAAAGACCUGUACGAGCUGCAGUCACUGAUCGAUGCUCACUUUGAGUGCAGGAAGAAGGAGGAAGAGGAGCUCAUCGGUCUGAAAGAAAGAAUUGAAAAGCGUCGUGCAGAGAGAGCGGAGCAGCAGAGGAUUCGUUCCGAGAAGGACAAAGAGCGGCAGGCCAGGCGAGAGGCUGAGCGUAUCAGAAAGGAGGAGGCUGAUGCUCACAGGAGGUCUGAGGAUGAAGCCAAGAAGAAGAACGCACUGAGCGGCAUGGGCUCAGGCUACAGCAGCAGCCUGCAGAGGAUCGAGCAGAAGAGAGGCAAGAAGCAGACUGAGAGAGAAAAGAAGAAGAAGCUACUGUCGGAGAGAUGCAAACCCCUGAACAUUGAAAACUUCAGCGAGGACAAGCUGAGGGAUAAGGCGAAGGAGCUGUGGGAGUGUCUGCACAACCUGGAGGAGAUCAAAUAUGACCACUGUGAGGCCCUCAAGAGACAGAGAUAUGAGGUGAUCUCUCUCAGAAACCGCAUCGAUGAGCUGCAGAAACAUAGCAAGAAGGGAGCCGCCUCACGUCGCAGGAAGUGAGCAGCUUGUGAGUGACGGUCAACCCGAGCAGGACAAGUUUCCCUUCGGAGUCCAACAGCGGCCCAAAGAUCCCUGCAGCCCUGGAACAAAGGCAACAACUGGCAACAGUCUUACUGCCUGAGUCUGCUUGAGUGAAAUGUUUUUCUGGAUGAAUUUAUCUUCAAUAAAGUCCUUUUAAAAAUGUCA